AGCUAUAUAUAGCAGGGAGCAGUGAAUGUCCAGGCUCAGUGUGUGAAAAUGACGGUGGAGAGCAACAUGUAUGAGGAGGUGAAGCCACAGAGCAUGUCCACGUGUGCCCUCGGUGCAGCGGCUGUCCCCGUGCCUGAGCAGCUGUGCAUCUUUGGGACGGGGGACUUGGGGCGCUCUCUGGGCCUGCGUCUGCUCCAGUCUGGAUACAGGGUGGUGUACGGCAGCCGCAGACCCAACAGCUGUGGCCCCCUGCCUGAGGGAGCUCAGGUGAUGAGCCAUGCUGCAGCAGCGAGGUCAGCCAGCCUGAUCUUCAUCUGUGUUCACAGAGAGCACUAUGGGUUCCUGCAAACUAUGGCCCCUAACCUCGAUGGAAAGGUUCUGGUGGAUCUCAGUAACAACCUGAAGAAAGGCGUGUACCCAGAAGCCAACGCUGCUUACCUGCAGAGCCUGGUCCCUGGAGCCGCUGUGGUGAAAGGCCUUAACACGCUGUCUGCCUGGGCCCUGCAGAACGGACUGCUGGCAGGAAAACAGGUGUACCUGUGUGGGAACAGUGCAGAAGCAAAGCAAGCAGUAGCAGAGAUGGCCACAAAGAUGGGCCUCACUGUUCUGGACAGAGGGUCUUUGUCAUCAGCCAGAGAGCUGGAGGACUUCCCCUUACGGUUAUUCCAAGAGUGGAGGCUGCCGCUACGCGUUGCCCUUGGUCUCAUCGCCUUUUUCUUCUUUUAUCUGCUUAUUAGAGAUGUCAUCUACGAGGCUCUUGAAAAGGGCAACGACAUCUCCUUCAGAAUCAUGAUAUCCUUGGCCAACAAGGUGUUUCCAAUCGUGUCUCUCAUCAUGUUGUCCCUGUGCUACCUGCCUGGAGUCAUAGCUGCCUUCCUUCAGCUCUACAGAGGGACCAAGUACAGGCGCUUCCCUGAUUGGCUGGACCGCUGGAUGCUGUGCAGGAAGCAGAUGGGUCUGGUUGCACUGGGCUUAGCUUUUCUCCAUGCCAUCUAUACAUUCAUCAUUCCUAUUCGCUAUGCUGUCAGACACAAACUCAUCUCGCGGGUGGUGGAUGAGAUGAAGAACAAUAAAACCACUCCAUUUGACUUUGAUAAUACUGAGGCAUGGGGCACUGACUCGUUCUUGGUGCUGGGGAUCCUUGGCUUCUUUCUUUAUGUCCUGCUAGGACUAACAUCCCUGCCCUCUGUGGGAGGAACUCUCAGCUGGAGAGAGUUCAGCUUCAUUCAGUCUAAGCUUGGCCACCUGACCCUGUUCAUCUGCACAUCACACGGUUACAUUUACGGCUGGAACAAAUUCCUUCGCCCUUCAACCUACAAAUGGUACACUCCUCCGGGCUACAUGCUCUGUCUGAUUGUGCCCUCUGUGGUGUUGGUGCUCAAGUUUCUGGUCCUCCUCCCCUGUGUGGACCGGACCCUAACCCGCAUUCGACAAGGCUGGGAGAGGAACCAGCCAGGUGAAGAGAUGGCUAUGACUAAGGCAACCAAUUUAUAAUCACUCCUUUCUUAAGAAACAAAAAACAACUUAAAACUGUAUAUAACUUUCCAUUUUAGAGAUACAGAUGAUAGUGAAGUUAAAUAUUUUUGUCAUUUGUAAAUGAUUGAUCAUAUUUCAUUCUUCUGAUUUU